UUAUUGGACUUGGAAGUCAACACAACACUUACAUACAUACCUUCAUUUGAUCAUUCUCAUUCUCAUAGAUUUCUGUGUAAACUUAUCUCUUCUCUCCGCUCAGAUCAGCUUCUUCUGAUUCAAUGGCGCACGAAGGCAUUCUCAUGGGUAUGGGUAACCCUCUCCUCGACAUCUCAGUCGCUGUUGACGAACACUUCUUGCAAAUGUAUGACCUGAAGUCGAACAAUGCAAUUCUCGCAGAGGAAAAGCAUGUACCAAUGUAUGGAGAAAUGGCUAACAAUCCCAAUGUGGAGUACACUGCUGGAGGUGCUACUCAAAAUUCAAUCAGAGUUGCUCAGUGGAUGCUUCAAAUUCCUGGUGCAACGACUUAUAUUGGUUGCAUUGGCAAGGACAAGUUUGGAGAGGAGAUGAAGAAGAACUCAAAGCUUGCUGGUGUCAAUGUUCAAUAUUAUGAGGAUGAAUCUACACCAACAGGAACUUGUGCUGUCUGUAUUGUGGGUGAUCAAAGGUCACUUGUUGCUAACUUGUCGGCGGCAAAUUGCUACAAAUCUGAGCAUUUAAAAAGGCCAGAAAACUGGGCGUUGGUUGAGAAGGCUAAGUACUAUUACAUCGCUGGCUUUUUCCUCACUGUAUCCCCAGACUCCAUACAGCUUGUUUCUGAACAUGCAGCUGCAUAUGACAAGAUCUUCAUGAUGAACCUUUCUGCUCCAUAUAUCUGUGAGUUCUGCAAGGAUGCACUGGAGAAAUUUUUGCCGUAUAUGGACUUUCUUUUUGGAAAUGAGACAGAAGCAAGAACCUUCUCAAAAGUUCAAGGCUGGGAGACUGAAAAUGUAGAGGAAAUAGCUCUAAGACUUUCCCGAUGGCCUAAAGCAUCAGGAACACAUAAGAGGAUAGUUGUAAUUACUCAGGGUGCAGAUCCCGUAGUUGUUGCCGAAGAUGGAAAAGUGAAGAAGUUCCCUGUAAUAUUAUUACCUAAAGACAAAAUUGUUGAUACAAAUGGAGCAGGGGAUGCAUUUGUUGGAGGAUUUUUAUCGCAGUUGGUUCAAGAGAAAUCCAUUGAAGACUGUGUGAGAGCUGGCUGUUAUGCAGCAAAUGUUAUAAUUCAGAGGCCUGGCUGCACAUUCCCAGAGAAGCCUGAUUUUAAUUAAGUGGCUCCUUAUUUCCCUGCAGUUCAGAGUGUUGUUUUGGUUGAGAAUCAUGUUGCUCUUUGUAUUUUUAGAAUACCUACAUGCUAGAAAAGAAUAUAUGUGGCCAACCUUGAUUAGUCUAUUGAGUAUUCCUAGUUGAUCCCAAAAAUUUGGGACUAAGGCUUGUUAUUUUUGUAGUAUUAGAAGAACCGCAUGCCAAAAUAUUAUCAAUAACUGAGGCAUCUAGUAUGGAAUUUUGAUUCACAGGAAAGGGGAAAACAGAAACUUAUAUACUUUACCUUGUGAUGA